AAGACUUUUCAUCUCAACAUAAUAAUAGAGUUCAAAGUGGAUAUGAACUCUUUAUGGGCAGUAUAGAUGUGUUUGUUUAUGACAUGAGAAUUUUACUCGAACAAGCCGAACUUUAUAUCCUCCCGCCCUUCCCAACAUUGGGCGUGUGUGGUGGAGCAUAGGCUGAACAGUGCGACGGCGACAUGGAUGCCACCGGCUCCGCCUCCAAUUAUUCUCAAGUUGAAACUCCAUUGGUGGACGGCGUCGUUGACGGAUUCGUUGACUUCAAAGGUCGUCCCGUCGUCAGAUCCAAAUCCGGUGGCUGGAGAUCCGCCUAUUUUAUUAUCGGUGUUGAAGUGGCGGAGAGAUUUGCAUACUAUGGAAUUAGUUCAAACCUAAUCACAUAUUUGACUGGUCCGUUGGGCCAAUCGACGGCGACGGCUGCCGAAAAUGUGAAUGCCUGGUCUGGAACGGCGUCGCUCCUCCCUUUGUUCGGUGCUUUCGUUGCUGAUGCGUUUUUGGGUAGAUACCGGACGAUUUUCAUUGCUUCUCUCCUCUAUACACUGGCACUUGGGUUACUCACUGUUUCAGCUUUGAUUCCUUUUUCCGGCUGUGAAACCACCAACGGUUCCACUUCCACAUGUUCUCCUCCUCAAUUCCAAGUCGUUCUGUUCUUCGUUUCACUGUAUCUUGUCGCAUUUGCUCAAGGAGGACACAAGCCAUGUGUUCAAGCUUUCGGAGCUGACCAGUUUGACUCCCAGAAUCCAGAAGAACUCAAAUCCAAAAGCUCCUUCUUCAACUGGUGGUACCUUGGAUUGUGUGGAGGUCCACUUUUGGCGCUAGGUGUUCUUAAUUACAUUCAGGAUAACUUUAGUUGGGGUCUCGGAUUUGGGAUUCCUUGCAUUGUUAUGGGUCUUGCACUGCUUAUAUUCUUGUCUGGAACCACAACAUAUCGGUUUGAAGAGAAAGUCGAUGAAAAAAGUGCUUUUGUUAGAAUCGGGCAAGUGUUUGUUAGAUCGUUUCAGAAUCGGAAAACUCCAUCUUCAUCAAUAUCCAUGGAAGAAGAAGCUUAUGGAACUGGAACCUUGCCUCAUCAAGGUUCUCAGCAGUUCAGUUUUCUAAACAAAGCCUUACUUUCACCCGAUGGAUCAAAGGAAGAAGGGAAGAUCUGUAGCCUGAAUGAAGUGAACGAAGCGAAAGCAGUUCUCAGACUAAUUCCGAUAUGGUCCAGCUUGUUAGCAUUCGCAGUUGUUUUCGCCCAAUUUUCCACAUUAUUCACCAAACAAGGAUUCACCAUGGACAGAUCAAUCGGAUCAAGCUUUGAAGUUCCAGCCGCCACACUCCAAAGUUUCAUCAGCAUCACCGUCGUUAUCCUUAUCCCAAUCUACGACCGCAUCUUAGUCCCUCUCGCCAGAUCCAUCACCAGAAAACCCUCCGGCAUCACAAUGCUUCAAAGAAUCGGAACCGGAAUCUUCAUAUCGAUACUUUCAAUGAUCGUUUCAGCAGUUGUCGAGAUCAAACGAUUGAAAACCGCAGAGGAAUACGGAUUAUUAGAUAACCCUAGCGCCACCGUUCCGAUGAAAAUCUGGUGGUUGUUACCUCAAUAUUUGUUGACCGGAGCUGCUGACGUGUUCACGAUGGUGGGCCUACAAGAGUUCUUUUACGAUCAAGUGCCGACGGAGUUGAGGAGCAUCGGUUUGGCGCUUUACCUGAGUAUAUUCGGUGUCGGUAGCUUUUUAAGCAGUUUUCUGAUCUCGGUUGUUGAGAAAACCACCGGCGGAGAUGGUGGAGACGGUUGGAUUUCCGAUAACUUGAAUCGAGGUCACCUUGAUUACUUCUACUGGCUUCUAGCGGGUAUCAGUAGUGUGGCAUUUUUAAUCUACUUGUAUUUUGCAAAAUCUUACAUAUAUAAUCGACAAACUACCUUUUGAAGAUCACCUAUAGCAACAGGUGGCAUUUAUACAAGGUGAAACAUAUGAAACAACGUAUACUUGUAGUAGUUGUUAUUUUAAUGUUAAUAUUCUUGUAAUUCGGUAAUGC